AUGCCGUCUCCACAGAAGCGGCCCCUUACCGAGGCUAAUGUUUCAUCUUUGAAACGAAAGUCACUCACUUUCGACAUGGCACGAAUUGAAACCCGGUCUCGAAUCCCAACGCCGAAGCCGAUUCCAGCACAAGUUUCACCGCUGCUAGAUCUACUUCAUAUCAAUAGGCUUUUGGAUAUGAAUCAGAAUUUCGUUCGCAAAUCAAAAUCACAACAAGUGGAUUCCAGGCGACCCGAUCGCUCAUCUAAUGCUGAAGAACUGUUUAAUCGUCACUUGGAGCGCCAGAAGAACCUUGAGGUGGAAUUGGACUCUCAGUUGAAGGACCUUCGAUCUAAACAUGAAGCUUUACAGACAGACAUGGUUGAACUUCGCCGAAGUCACAAGAAGAUCCUACAUAAGGUUUCUGACCUAGAUGCCCAGAUAGCCACUGAAAAGGGACGCUUCGAGUACUCUGAGGACCGCAUCAUGAAAAAUGUUCUGCAUCGCGAACAAAUGAUGAAUUUGCAAGUGAAAGACUUGAUUAAUAAACUCACGUCAGAGUAUAACGAAGCCAAGUUUCAAUUACAGGAUGAAUUGGCAGCAGCGAAGAACUACAACGAUGAAGAGCUUUUGGCAGAAGUGCAAAGGUUGCGGGACGAGACCAAGGUACUAGAAGAGAAAUAUGCCAAAGUCGUUGCAGAAAACCAACGCAAAUUCAAAGAAGAGGCUUCGAGCCUUGAAAAAGAAAUGAACAGGGUGCUUGCUUCAAAAACAAACGAGGCAUCCGCUCUCGAAGACCAAUACCAAUCAAAAUUGGUCGAGUUUCAAUCAGUGGAGAGUGAAGUGAAUGAAAUGGAGGCAUCAAUAAAAAAAUUGCGUGAUGAAAAUGGUCAAUUGGAAAAUGAAAUCAAAAGGAUAAAGGAAAAUGUACAACGUUUUGAAGCCGAUAAGGCUCAGCUUCUGAAUGAGCUACUUGAGGCGGAAAACAACCUCGCCCAAGCAAAAGCAGAAGCAUCUAGAUGGAAAGCUGCAGUUGCAGAAGAAGGUAAAUCAUUCGGAAAGGCUCGAGAACAGCUCAAUGUUCACAACCUCCACAGGCGUAUGCUUGAAGAUGCUAUUAUGGAUUAUGAACGAGGUCCUCGAAUUUAUGUCAGAGAUUCACCAAGGAGCUCUACUCACUUUGCAAAAGAGUUUUCCAAAGACAGUUGCAAUCAAGAGAUAAUCGAUGAGUUUCUAUGUUUUGUUGGCACUUCUGUUAAGCGUAUGUUGAAUUGCGGGAUCAUCAUUUCUGGGCAUAAACAGCCAGGUUUCGUGUCCCAAAUUUUGUCGUCUUGCUUUGAACUGAUUCUUGAAAGAACCGCGUCUCCAGCAUUUAAAGGAUGGUCGUUUGAGUAUGCCUUGAGAGUGUCUUGA